UUGAAAUGCAUUUUAUACGUUUGCCGACCCUAUCUAUAUAUCUAUCUAUCUAUCUAUCUAUCUAUCUAUCUAUCUAUGUCUUUAGAGAAAUCUAAGAUUUUCUGUUCAUUAUCUAUCUAUCUACAUCUAUUUUUGUGUCUGACUGUUUCCUGUCUUUCUAUCUCUCUCUCUCCCUCUCCCCCCUCUCUCUCUCUCUCUCUCUAUCUAUCUAUCUAUCUAUCUAUAUACCAGUCUGUUGGUAUGUAUGCAUGUAUGUAUUUAUCUAUAUAUGUAUGUAUGUAUGUAACGAUCUAUCUCAUUCUUGUCAUAUCUAUCUAUCUAUCUAUCUAUCUAUCUAUCUAUCUAUCUAUCUAUCUAUCUAUCUACAUUUCAUAUCUAUCUAUCUAUCUGUCUAUCUAUCUAUCUAUCUAUCUAUCUAUCUAUCUAUCUAUCUCAGGCAUCAUUUUUUCCUCUUUUUUUGCUUUCCUCCGCUCUAAUACAAUAAGGUUAAAUUCUUUGUCGCCCUAUCUAUCUAUCUAUCUAUCUAUCUAUCUAUCACACUGUUUACUAUCUAUCUAUAAUUAUUUUGUGUCUAUCUAUAAUAACGUUCAUAUCUAUCUAUCUAUAAGUAUUUUUGUGUCUAUCUCAGACCGUUCGGAUCUAUCUAUCUAUCUAUCUAUCUAUCUAUCUAUCUAUCUAUCUAUCUAUCUAUCUAUCUCACUCUGUUCAUCAAUAUUUCUUUCUCUUAUAUAUAAACGAAUGGUCAUCCCGAAUUUAAUUCUAUUCCAUCUAUCUAUCUAUCUAUCUAUCUAUCUAUCUAUCUAUCUAUUAUUUUAUUCAGAUCUCACUAGACUCAUGUAG